CGUGCACACGUCUGGUCCCACUUACAGGCCCCAGCCAGCAAGAGGGGUCCCGCUCCUCUGAGUGUCUGGAGGGUCGCUACCCAGGGAGGAAAUGCCUUUCACCAGCUGCGGGAUGGGCAGCCGCAGAGGGACGGUCAUCUGGGCUCUGUGCUUCCUGCUCCUUCUCCUGGAAGCCGGGUCUGCCAAGAAUAUCUGGAAGCGGGCACUGCAUGCAAGGCUGGCUGAGAAGUCCCGCGCCGAGGAGGCGGGCGCGCCCGGCGGCCCCCGGCAGCCCCGCGCCGACCGCUGCCCGCCGCCCCCGCGGACGCUGCCCCCCGGCGCCUGCCAGGCGGCGCGCUGCCAGGCCGACUCCGAGUGCCCGCGCCACCGGCGCUGCUGCUACAACGGCUGCGCCUACGCCUGCCUGGAGGCCGUGCCGCCCCCGCCAGUUUUAGACUGGCUGGUGCAGCCGAAACCUCGCUGGCUUGGUGGCAACGGCUGGCUCCUGGAUGGCCCUGAGGAGGUGCUGCAAGCAGAGGCUUGCAGCACCACUGAGGACGGGGCAGAGCCCCUGCUCUGUCCCUCAGGCUAUGAGUGCCACAUCUUGAGCCCUGGUGACAUGGCCGAGGGCAUCCCCAACCGUGGGCAGUGCGUCAAGCAGCGCCGGCAAGCAGAUGGGCGAUUCCUACGACAUAAAUUUUACAAAGAAUAUCCAGAGGGUGACUUGAAGAAUGUGGCAGAGCCUGGGAAGGGACAACAGAGGCACUUUCAAUAAAGCAGCAACAGGCAGCCAAUUUGCAAGAAAAUUCCUCCACUUCCUGCUAAGCCUUGUAAACAGUUGGGAAAAAUGAUUGGACCCCCCAGAGAUCAUGUUCAGCUCAGCAGAGCAUGGCCCCGGAGAUCCUUAGAGACAGGACACUGGUCUUCAGUCCCAACAUGGCCCUAGGAUGGGUGACUUUGUAGGAACCACCGAACAGCUCUGGGUCCCUAUUUCACCAUCCUGGAAAUAAAGCCCUGCAGUGCCACAAGAUCUUUACCCUGGGAAGAAGCCACCGCCUUCGUGAGCAUUUUUGAAGCCGUUUUCUAAGACAAUUCAGCAUCUCAGUUGUUUUUUUUACAGAUUUCAUCCAGGUCUGAUGCUGGAAGGCAUGUACCCAUCCCAGAUGUCCUCAAAAUAACUUCGUUUAUCAUAAAAUGGAAAUGAACUUCGUUAGCCAUGCGUGAUUCAUAGUUUUGACCUGAUGAUCUUAAAUUGGAUGUGCUGAAGACUAAAUGUUAGCAGAGGGUG